AUCGUGAAAAAUCUUGAGUCAGUUUGACAUCAAAAAGUGUCACGCCGAAUUUUCAAAAUGUGAACUGUAAAGAAUAAAUAAGUUAUUACAAAGCCUAUAGCGAAAUGUUGGAUUUUCAAAAAAUAUUUCGCUGUUACAUACUUCCAGGCUUGGUUAACUCUCAGCUAGCGUUUGUGGGCAUAUACUGUCUUUUGAUUUACCAUUCUGAAGUCUCCCAGAAAGAAAUAAAACUACCCUCUUUCGCAUACUCCCUUAUGAUAGCUAACUCACUGGCAGGAUUGACGAAAUUUGUUCCAGAUGACUCCUUUUACGAACUGCGGCUUCUGCUGGACUACGCACAGCUUAUUAUGGCUCUUCCCCUCAUAACAACGGAAUUUUUGAUCACGCACCAGAUCUUUCCAGAAGAGAUUUCGGGAAUUCCGGUUUAUAUCGGCUUCACGGCACUGAUGCUCUUCAUCAUAUUCGAGUACAAACGACAAGACCUAACCGAUCUGACGAUAAUCCUGAGCCUUUUCCUGUACGCUUCGACGGGGAUAUUUCAUCAGCCGAUGGCGAUCGUAGGAUCAAUUUUUUUCUCCGUGGGAUACUUUUCCUAUAAAAGAAAUGAAGGCGUUUGUUUGAGAAACCAGAACUAUUUCAACCUGUGCAUGGCAGUAUUUGGCUUCCUUUCUGUGGUUGCGUUUGAACCUGAAAAACUUCUGAGCAUACCAUCUGACAUGAGUUUAUUGUGAUUAGAUCAGUAAAUUUUUCAAAAUAU